CCCGAGCCGCGAGCUGCGGGGAGUGGCUCCGGGCCUAGGGCUCGGGCUGCGCGGACGCGAAGAUGGCCGACCCGGCCGAGUGCAACAUCAAAGUGAUGUGUCGCUUCCGACCCCUCAACGAGUCCGAGGUGAACCGCGGCGACAAGUACGUCGCCAAGUUCCAGGGAGAGGACACGGUGGUGAUCGCGUCCAAGCCUUACGCAUUUGAUCGGGUCUUCCAGUCGAGCACAUCUCAAGAGCAGGUCUACAAUGACUGUGCAAAAAAGAUUGUUAAAGAUGUACUUGAGGGAUACAAUGGAACAAUAUUUGCAUAUGGACAAACGUCUUCAGGAAAGACACAUACAAUGGAGGGUAAACUUCAUGAUCCAGAGGGCAUGGGGAUUAUCCCAAGGAUAGUGCAAGAUAUUUUUAAUUAUAUUUACUCCAUGGAUGAAAACUUGGAAUUUCAUAUUAAGGUUUCAUAUUUUGAAAUAUAUUUGGAUAAAAUAAGGGACCUAUUGGAUGUUUCAAAGACCAAUCUUUCAGUUCAUGAAGACAAAAACCGUGUUCCUUAUGUAAAGGGAUGCACAGAGCGUUUUGUAUGUAGUCCAGAUGAAGUUAUGGACACCAUAGAUGAAGGAAAGUCCAACAGGCAUGUGGCAGUUACGAAUAUGAAUGAACAUAGCUCUAGAAGUCACAGUAUAUUUCUUAUUAAUGUAAAACAAGAGAACACACAAACGGAACAAAAACUGAGUGGAAAACUUUAUCUGGUUGAUUUAGCUGGUAGUGAGAAGGUUAGUAAAACUGGAGCUGAAGGGGCUGUGCUGGAUGAAGCUAAGAAUAUCAACAAGUCGCUGUCUGCACUGGGGAAUGUCAUUUCUGCCUUGGCUGAGGGUAGUACAUACGUUCCAUAUCGAGAUAGUAAAAUGACAAGAAUUCUUCAAGAUUCAUUAGGUGGCAACUGUAGAACCACUAUUGUAAUUUGCUGUUCUCCAUCAUCGUACAAUGAAUCUGAAACCAAAUCCACACUCCUUUUUGGUCAAAGGGCCAAAACAAUUAAGAACACAGUGUGUGUCAAUGUAGAGUUAACUGCAGAGCAAUGGAAAAAGAAGUAUGAAAAAGAAAAAGAAAAAAAUAAGACCCUACGGAACACCAUUCAGUGGCUUGAAAAUGAACUGAACCGAUGGCGUAAUGGGGAGACAGUGCCUGUUGAAGAGCAGUUUGACAAAGAAAAGGCCAACCUGGAGGCCUUCACAGUGGAUAAAGACACAACCAUUACCAAUGAUAAGCCGGCAGCUACAAUUGGCGUUACUGGAAGCUUUACUGAUGCUGAAAGAAGAACAUGUGAAGAAGAACUGGCCAAGUUGUAUAAACAACUUGACGACAAGGAUGAAGAGAUUAAUCAACAGAGUCAGCUGGUUGAGAAACUGAAGACACAAAUGUUGGAUCAGGAAGAGCUUUUGGCAUCCACAAGAAGGGAUCAAGACAACAUGCAGGCUGAGCUGAAUCGGCUCCAGGCAGAAAACGACGCCUCUAAGGAAGAAGUGAAGGAGGUUUUACAGGCUCUGGAGGAGCUGGCGGUGAACUACGACCAGAAGUCUCAGGAGGUUGAGGAGAAAACUAAGGAGUAUGAGUUGCUCAGUGAUGAGUUGAAUCAGAAAUCUGCUACUUUAGCGAGCAUUGAUGCGGAGCUCCAGAAACUUAAGGAAAUGACCAACCACCAGAAGAAACGGGCAGCAGAGAUGAUGGCCUCUUUACUCAAAGACCUUGCAGAGAUAGGAAUUGCUGUGGGCAAUAAUGAUGUGAAGCAGCCUGAGGGGACGGGCGUGAUCGACGAGGAGUUCACUGUGGCCAGGCUAUACAUUAGCAAGAUGAAGUCGGAAGUGAAGACAAUGGUGAAGCGCUGCAAGCAGCUGGAAAGCGCCCAGACUGAGAGCAACAAGAAGAUGGAAGAAAAUGAGAAGGAGUUAGCAGCAUGUCAGCUUCGUAUCUCUCAACAUGAAGCCAAAAUCAAGUCACUGACCGAGUACCUUCAGAAUGUGGAGCAGAAGAAGAGACAGCUGGAGGAGUCCGUUGACUCCCUCAGUGAAGAACUAGUCCAGCUUCGAGCACAAGAGAAAGUCCAUGAGAUGGAAAAAGAACACUUGAACAAAGUUCAGACUGCAAAUGAAGUUAAGCAAGCUGUCGAACAGCAGAUCCAGAGUCACCGAGAAACGCACCAGAAGCAAAUCAGUAGUUUGAGAGACGAAGUGGAAGCAAAGGAGAAGCUUAUAACUGAUCUUCAAGACCAAAACCAGAAAAUGAUGCUAGAGCAGGAACGUCUAAGAGUAGAACAUGAGAAGUUGAAGGCUACAGAUCAGGAAAAGAGCAGAAAACUGCAUGAACUUACGGUUAUGCAGGAUAGACGAGAACAAGCGAGACAAGACUUGAAGGGUUUGGAAGAGACAGUGGCAAAAGAACUUCAGACCUUACACAACCUGCGCAAGCUCUUUGUUCAGGACCUGGCUACCAGAGUUAAGAAGAGUGCCGAGAUGGAUUCUGACGACACUGGGGGCAGUGCUGCACAAAAGCAGAAGAUCUCCUUUCUUGAAAAUAAUCUUGAACAGCUCACCAAAGUACACAAACAGUUGGUACGAGAUAAUGCCGAUCUUCGCUGUGAGCUGCCCAAGCUAGAGAAGCGACUUAGAGCUACCGCGGAGAGAGUGAAAGCUCUGGAGUCAGCCCUGAAAGAAGCCAAAGAGAAUGCGUCUCGUGACCGCAAAAGAUACCAGCAAGAAGUUGAUCGCAUAAAGGAGGCAGUGAGGUCAAAGAAUAUGGCCAGAAGAGGCCAUUCUGCCCAGAUUGCUAAACCAAUUCGUCCUGGGCAACAUCCAGCAGCUUCUCCAACUCAUCCAGGCGCAAUUCGUGGAGGAGGCACAUUUGUUCAGAAUAACCAGCCAGUGGCACUGCGAGGCGGAGGAGGCAAACAAGUGUGACCGUUUGCACAUGUUCACAGGUGUUCUGGUGAAAAGUCACUGAAGUAUGAAGAGGACAUAAUAUCAACUGUCAUUUGGUGGCUAUAGCCUCUACCCCCUUGGGAUUGUAGAAUUAUAAUUUGUUAAUGUAUAAAUUAUUCUAGCCUGUACAGCAGUUUCCUCACCAUUCUACUUACACAAACUAGAGUGCAGUGCUGGCAUCUUGGGAGGAAAUGGCAGCGCACAACUGCGGCCGAUUAUGACGCAGCCUCUCUCCUGCCUGUGGUCUUCACUGUGCCAAGCUAACUGAACCUUACAGGACUGCACUGUGUUUGCUUUGUGUGCACGUGUCUGCUUUCUCUCUUUAAAUCACCUAGCUGCUCAUGCUGCUUGUUUCUCUUUUCCUACUAAAAUGUAUGUCUUCCUGCUUUUUUGUUUUUUAAGGAACAUUAAGGUUUACUGUCUUAAAUUUUACCACUAAACAACACUACAUGCCCACGAAAUAUAUCAAGUCAGUACUGUACUUUCAAAUCUCUUGAAAAUGAAAUCAGGGUUGGAAUUCCUUGUAUGGUCUCUUAAGUUUGCUUCUGGAAAAUGGUGUUUGAGCACUGGGUCCUUAACGGCCACCUCGCUGUGCAUGUGGGACUGAGCGGACUCCUAGGUUAUCCCUCCCGAGAUGCUAGUUGCAUGUUACUCAGGUAACUCAGAUUGGAAAUAACUGGUACACCAAAAGGGAUUCUCACUCUAAGAGCCAGCCUGGGGGAGGAAUUGUAUCUCCCUGCUUUCUGCUUCCAUACUUAGCAUAGCUUGAUGAGAUGGAACCCCUGCUGCAUUCUGGUGAGCCCCCUCUCCGGGACAAGGAUUGGACAGAUACUAAGUUCUCAUCUUUAGUAGCUUUAAUAUGUGAGGUGGAUUAAGAUACUACAGAAGUAAAUAAUUUUGUAUUGCUAGAUAAUUAUAUUGGCUGAUGGAAAUUUAUAUAGCCGAGAAAAUUUUUGAGAAAAAUAAUGAACAGAACAGACACACCAUAAAGCUGAAAGUUUAUAGGUAAAUUUUGGCCUGGAAGAGGUAUUUUUAACUUGCUACACUAAGUCAUACACUAUAAUUUAUUUGCUUAGUAUAGGAAAAAUAAAUUGCAAGUCACUAAUAGUCCUCAAAUAAAUUAUAUUGUUGGCUGUAGUGCAUAAUUUUCUAAUUAGUAUUAAUUGUAUACCUAUUUUUUCCACUUCUAUUUCAGAUUAUUAAACUAAAUCAAGUUUAUUUUAGGGAACUAUAAAAAUAAUAAAGAGCGCAAUAUUUCCUUCAUCAGCAUGGAGGGGGGAAGUGGUGGCUACAACUAUGUUAGCAGGAAUUCACAGAAAAUGAAGUAUUUAAGGUUAUUUAGUAGAGAACUUGGAGAGUUAUAUGUUAGGAUCUGGCUGCAGAAUUUUUGAAAAAUUUUAUACACGGAUAUUUGUAUUAAACUUACAGCCUUAGAAGACUAGGAUCAUAAUUGGCUUAUUUUUCUAUUUCCUUAACUACUGUAAUUUCCACUUUUAUAAUAAUUUUGAUUUGAAAAUAAAUUUAUUUAUUUUUUUAACAGUCAAAAGUCCUUGCUGUUGUAGUCUGCAGCCUUUAAUUGAUUGUGUUGCUCUUACAGCUGAUCAAAAGAAACACUCCAAAUCGAGGUGAAUCUUGCAGCAAGUCAGUCAUGGUUGGCAAUGGUGACACACUGCUCCUAACGGGGACAGUUUUCUAGAUGGGAAACAUUUGGCUGCAUUCACAUACACAUUUAUAUUUUGUUUUCAAAUGAAAACUUGCUGCUUUGGGGAUUUUCACAAAGGAAAUGACUUCUUUUGUCUGAAUAUGGUAGUUUUAAGAUGUAUCAUGGGGAUUGGUGCUGUGUAACACAAUGAAUUGUAACUAGCAUGUGGUUCAGAAUACACAAUGUUAGGUUUUUAAAAUAUCUUACAGGUUCUUUUCUAUUUAUAAUUUCAAACUUUCAUAAAGUAUACAAGAAUUUCAUAAAUUUGUUUUCAGUGAAUUGCUCUUUUUUGCUAUGAUAGGUCAUUUAAUACAGCAUUUACUCUUAUAAAUGGAAAUUUCUGAUCAUUUAGGAUGUUGACAAUAUUUUAAUUUGCAGUGUCUUCUUUUUUUGUGACUGGACAUAUUAAUGUUCCUCUGAAUGGUAUUGGUAAACGGUUCAGAAGAGAAACUCAGUGAAAUAAAAGAGUAAUAUUUAUUCAUGGUGAUCAGUUAAAUUAUUUGUCUAACUUAAGAAAACGAACUACUGUGCAUAACUCAAUUUGUAUGCAACUCUCAGUUUGAUGUUAGGUAAGAGGAGAGCCCACCUGUGGAAUAUGUUGGUUUAUUUUCAGUGCUUAAACAUACAUUCAAAUGUAAGAGUUUGGGAAGACGCUAUGUGAUUUUUAAGUUAAUCUGCAUGCUGUAAAUGUGUUUUGUGUUUAAAUAAAGGAAAAACUUUUUGAAAUGUAA